ACACACCCACCCUCAUCAGUUCGCGCCGCCGCCGCGAGCCAGAGCCCAGGAGGCGCUUCUCUUCGAACCCGCUCUUCACUCUCGCCGUCUUCAUCGGCCUUGCGUGGAACUCCGAGUAGCAGGCGUCGUCGCUAGAAAGUGAACUCGCUAUUCGCUCACGAAUAAUUUUUCAUCCUUUAGCUUCAGGCCUUGGAGCUGUCUGGAACACUGCAAAGGUGGAAGCGGGGUCAAUUGUUGCUAUUUUUGGCCUUGGAACUGUUGGGCUGGCUCGAGGGAGAAUAUAAAAAGAUGAUAAAGUUGCGUUAUUGAGUAACCUAACCCACUCUGAACAAAAAAAAAAAAAAAAAAAGGUGAAGACGGAGCAGUGAGGUAACCUCUUCUCUGUUGGAUUUUCCUUGGUCUCUCUGCAUCCAUGGCGGCUAUCAGUCUGAGGAAGGGGAACACGCGCCUGCCGCCGGAGGUGAACCGCGUGCUGUACGUUCGCAACCUUCCCUUCAACAUCACCAGCGAGGAGAUGUACGACAUCUUCGGCAAAUACGGCGCGAUUCGCCAGAUCCGCAUCGGAACCAACAAGGACACUCGCGGAACGGCGUUCGUCGUCUACGAGGACAUCUACGACGCCAAGACCGCCGUCGAUCACCUCUCCGGCUUCAACGUCGCCAACCGUUACCUGAUUGUGCUGUAUUACCAGCAGGCUAAGAUGAGCAAGAAGUUCGAUCAGAAGAAGAAGGAGGACGAGAUCGCGCGUAUGCAGGAGAAGUACGGUGUUUCCACCAAAGAUAAGUAAAUACUAAAUGAAUAAAUAGUUCGUCCUCCUCGCAGAUGCUUUAGAUUCAUAGAUAGUUAGGGUUUUCCAGACUUUUCCUUUGGUUUAAUUGUACUGUUAUUGGAUUUAUUGGAGUCUGGCACAGGCACAGUGAGCGCGCAUCGAUGAGAAAAAAAUAAGAAAAAUGAAAUUAGCUUCUCCAUACACUAGAAUUAUCUUGUAGAAGCUGAUAUGAGUGGAGAAGUUUUUUAUUCUUGUCCUGUGCAUGUGCAGAAGCGUAUGUAAGGAAUUAUGAAUGUUUACAAUGUUACUUGUGAGAAUGAAAUGAAAUUUAACUUUAUCCAAAUGCUUAGGGUUA